UAUUGUCAGGACUACCUUUAUAACUAUUCCGAAUUUUUCUAAAUUUUUGUGAAUUAUAGCUAGACUAAUAUUGGAUAUCAUCUGUUCGUUAAAGUUAAAGAAAACAUGAGCAUCAAUUUGCAUGGAUUCUUGGGGCUAGGUGUCAAAAAUCAAUUAUUUACAAGGUUUUGGCAAUUGUGGAGAAAAAAGUUGUUCAUAUUGUGUUAGAGUGUUAACAAUAAAUAAUUUCAAGAUGAUUACCCUUUUCAUGAGAGGCAGCAACGAGUCGGUCAUCAGUUCACGCUGGAUGAUAAACAAACAUAUUGCAUAUGGAAGUGGAAAAGGAGCCAAUAUUAUUAACCCGAGUCAAUAUGCUUUCCCUUAUCAUCCAGAAGAAGUGAAAAUAUUACGAUCUUUAAUAAAACAAGUCAGAAUAAUUAUCAUGAAGCAAGAUAUCAUCCCAAGUGAAUUAACAGAUCAUCAGAUUGCUGAGUUUAUAAAUGUUAAACUAUGCCCACUCAAGACAGCAAUUUUAAUGAGCAAACACUUCAGUUUUAAGCAAUUAUAUCCGGAAAUAUUCGCAAAACGCGGUUGCAACGAUGACACAGAUUUGGGAAUAGCACGUACCAUGUUAACUAUAGCGCCAUUGCCUAUAACUACAAAAGAUGGCUAUCAAAUGAUUUACGUCCGUUUUGAAAAAUUCGAAAAAUUGAGUACAGCAAUUUUACCAUGUUGCCGAUACAUUGCAUUAGCCAUGGAAGCGCUUCCAAUCAGUACGGGAUUGAUUCCAGGGCAUAUAAUUCUUUUCGAUUUUUCUCAUGUAAAAAACGAGUACUUUGGAAUACUCAAAAUUGUUGAAUAUCAAAAUAUGUUGAAUUACAUACAGGAGGGAUCACUUUUGAAUAUAAAGCAAAUACUUAUGUUUUCUCGAAAGGAAUUUAAACUCUUCCAGUUUCUUGAGUACUUGGAGCCACUAUUUGAGAACGGCUUCAUGAAUAAAGUUCUAUUCUGUCAGCUCGGCAUCAAAGAAUUAGCAUUGAUAAUCGGUAAAGACAAACUACCAAGGGACUUAGGAGGAAAUAUUGGAACUGUGAAAGAGUAUGAAGAAUGUUUUUACCGGGUUAUAGUACGGACAAGAAAAUGGAUUUACAAAAAUCAAGAAAAGUGUACUUUAAUCAAUGGAUAUUAAAGUUGAUUAUGACGAAAUGUAACUGGGAAGAAGACAAAAUAAACUAUCUC